AUGCGCUGCUUGGGAGCCCCGCGGGCCGCUUCCACGACGGCGGCAACGGGGCCGAAAUGCUCGAUGGCUCGGCCUGCGCGGCCUGCGCGGAUGACGGCCGCCGCGGCAGAGGGGAAUGGGAAGCACCGAACUCCUCGGCACUCGAGCCCGCGGCCGAGCCAGCGGAACGUGCGACGGGUCAAGCUCGACGCGCACCACCGCUCCAAGGCCUUCGCGAUGACCGUGGAGCAGCUCACGGACGGUCUCGUGGGUGAUGAGCUCGACGUGGAGAUUCUUCAAGAAUUCAGGAGGCCGCGUGACGCGGACGGUAGCAUCGAGGACGUGCUGUCGUCGCUCAACGACGUAGAGGCGGCACUGGAUGAGCUUGCGUCCCUGGACCGCCAGGACGGCGCCGGCCCCGCCACGGCCGACCGGGACGGCAUCGAGCGGCAGGCGCGCGAGCUCCUGGAGCGCGCCCUGGCCUCGGAAUCCGCGCUGGACUACGAGGCCCGGCUUCGCAGGGAGGAGGACAGCGGAGGAGCGCAGCCACGGGUCACCUCGCGCCGCACCGUCGUGCGCAGGACCGCGAGGAGCCCACGACGCGCGCCCGAGGCGUCCGCCACGGCGCACAUUGCGCCGGAGAACGUCAACCUGCGGGUGACUGGCCGGCCGAGCUCGUCGCGCCUCUCUCAGAGCGCCCGCCGCGCGGCAUCCGCGCGCUCCUCGCGGACCGCCGCCUGGGGCUCGCGCAACGUGUCCGCCCUCGCACCCGAGCGCACCCACACGCGCCGCCCCGCGUCCACCGAGGGCGCCUCCGACGGCAUGAAGAUAUUCCUCCGGAACAUUGGCAAGCACAAGUUGCUCACGGUGAGCGAGGAGCGGGUGCUGGCGGCGCAGGUGCAGGACCUGCUGGCGGUCGAGAAGGUGGAGGAGAAGCUGCGGGAGGAGCUCGGCAGGGAGCCUUCGUCGGCGGAGUGGGCGGAGGGGUGCGGGAUGGCGGACGGCCCGGCGUUCCGGGAGCGGCUGAAGGUCGGCCGGGACGCGAAGCAGAAGAUGAUCGAGUGCAACCUGCGCCUCGUCGUGUCGAUCGCGAAGAAGUACACCAACCGCGGCCUCGAGCUGCAGGACCUGAUUUCCGAGGGCAUCCUCGGGCUCGUGCGCGGCGUGGAGAAGUUCGACCACACGCGCGGGUUCAAGUUCUCGACGUACGCGCACUGGUGGAUCCGGCAGGCGAUCACGCGCGCCAUCUCGGACCAGGCGCGCGUCGUGCGGCUGCCCGUGCACCUGUACGAGCAGCUGUCCAAGGUGAAGAAGGCCGAGCGGGAGCUCGCGAACGAGCUCGACCGCGACCCGACGCCCGCGGAGAUCGAGGCGCGGUGCGGCGUCCCGGCGAGGAAGCAGGACCUCGUCAAGCGCGCGCACCGGCAGCCGCUGUCGAUGGACGCGCCGCUGCGCGCGACGCCCGGGGACGACGAGUCGCGGACGCUGGAGGACGUGUUCGAGGACGACAGCGAGGUCACGCCGGAGCAGGCGGCGGUGAGCGCGCAGCUGCGGCACCACAUGGACGAGGUGCUGUCGACGCUGAGCGAGCGGGAGAGCGGGGUGCUGCGGCUGCGGUACGGCCUCGAGGACGGCCAGGAGCGCACGCUCGAGGAGAUCGGGCGGCACUUCGACGUCACGCGCGAGCGCAUCCGGCAGAUUGAGCAGAAGGCGCUGCGGAAAUUGCGCUCGCCUGCGCGGUCGGGGGUGCUGCACGAGUACGGGAGCGAGGGCGAGAUGACGCAGGUGCGCGCGUCGUCGUCGGUGCAGCGCGGCGGGUACUAG